CUUCUCCCUUGGUUGUAGUUCUGUAACAGCUGAAGGUCCACAGAUUGGAGACCACUGUCAUAGACUUUUCCCUUGGUUGUAGUUUUGUAACAGCUGGAGGACCACAGUUUGGAGACCACUGUGAACCAUCUAACAAUCUGCAACCAUGACGAAACUCAUCUCAGCCAUCCAAGACAUCAUCGAGAUCUACCAGAAGUAUAGUCAGAAGGAUUGCAGCCAUAACAAGCUGAAUAAGGAGGAACUCAACCUCCUCAUCCAGGAUGAAUUUGCAGACGUCAUCAAGAACCCAAAAGACCCAAACACAAUCUCAAGCCUUCUGCAAAUACUGGAUGAGAAUAAUGAUGGCGAGGUGGACUUCAGCGAGUUCUGUGACCUGUUGUGUAAGGUACUGAAGGCAUACUUCAAGGCUGUGUAUGAAAAAGAAGACACGUGUCAACAGCAAAACCAACCCAUGAAGGACGUAGGAACAACAUCUCAGACUACAUCUCAAAUACCCAAUGAGCCACCAAAAUACUACCAGACGCCACUGCCCCCACAGUCCAACAAAACCUACCGUGACCAGAAAGGGGGCAAAUGUGAUGAUCACAGUGCUGGAACUCAGGUCUCAACACAAACAGACCUGAAAAGGGCAGAACCGGUUGAGGACCAAGGUUUGUAUAAAGAACCAACAGUUAAAACCGAUGAAACGUCUUAUUCAUCCCCAACUUAUCAACAGGGCAAAGACCAAACAUCUCAACAAGACACCAUAAGCUCCGUAUCUAAAGAUUAUAUCCAAGGCAAAGGCCAAACAUCUCAACAAGACAAUACAAGCUCCGUAUCCCAAGAUUAUAUCCAAGGCAAAGGCCAAACAUCUCAACAAGACACCACAAGCUCUUUAUCCAAAGAUUAUAUCGAUGACAAAGGCCAAACAUCUCAACAAGACACCACAAGCUCCGUAACCCAUGAUUACAUCCAAGGCAAAGGCCAAACAUCUCAACAAGACACCACAAGCUCCAUAUCCAGAGAUUAUAUCCAAGGCAAAGGCCAAACUUCUCAACAAGACACCACAAGCUCAGUAGCCCAAGAUUAUAUCCAAGGCAGAGGCCAAACAUCUCAACAAGACACUACAAGCUCCAUAGCCCAUGAUUACAUCCAAGGCAAAGACCAAACAUCUCAACAAGACACCACAAGCUCCGUAGCCCAUGAUUACAUCCAAGGCAAAGGCCAAACAUCUCAACAAGACACCACAAGCUCCGUAGCUCAUGAUUACAUCCAAGGCAAAGACCAAACAUCUCAACAAGACACCACAGGAUCACUAUCCCAUGAUUACAUACAAGGCCGAACACGGCAACAAGAUACAACUGGGUCACAAUCCCAAAGUUAUAGUCAAGGCAAAGAUCAAACAUCUCAACUAGACACCACUGUAACCCAAAGUUUCAACCAAGGCAAAGACCAAAUAUUGCAACAAGACUCAACUGUGACACAGCCUAGAAGUUAUGGUCAGGACAAGACGCAAACAACUCAAGUAGAUACCACAGUUUCACAAUCCCAAGAUGAUGAAUCAACUACAGGUCAAACACAAGGUACCACCAGUUUACAAUCUAUAAGUUACAUGAAGGACACAGACCAAACAUGGCAACAAGACACCACCAGCUCCCAAUCCAUCAGCUAUGACCAAGGUAAAGACCAAACAUCUCGACUAGACACCACUGGUUCACAAUCCCGCCGCUACGGGCAAAGUAGAGAUCAGUCUCUGCAACAAGACACCACCAGCCCCCAAUCCAUCAGCUAUGAGCAAGGUAAAGACCAAACAUCUCAACUAGACACCACUGGUUCACAAUCCCACCGCUACGGGCAGAGUAGAGAUCAAGCUCUGCAUCAAGACACCACCAGCUCACAAUCCAUCAGCUAUGAACAAGGUAAAGACCAAACAUCUCAACUAGACACCCCUGCUUCACAAUCCCGCCGCUUCUGGCAAAAUAGAGAUCAAGCUCUCCAUCAAGACACCACCAGCUCCCACUCCCAAUCCCAACAAGGGAAAGAGCAGACCACGCUGCCUGAAAAGACAACAUCUCAGGUCACAGUAGGUCAAACUCAAGAACCACAGAAAUAUUAUCAACAACCGGUGUACAUUCCUCCACCACAAAGCCUUAGUCAAGAAGUCCAAGCCACAUCCCAGCCACCUCCAUACAGCCAAACCCAACAGGACCCCAUUCCUACAUCUCAACAAAUCCCACAGGUACCCCAGCAACCUCAGCAGAACAAGUUCUAUCAAUACCAGCAGAGCUUUUCUCUACAAAAGAAGAACCCAUGAACACAAGCGUCUGCUCUUACCUGAUCCACAGAGAGACAUGGAAGGACCUUCUUGAUUAUUUACAGACUCUUCCAAGAAUCCGAAUCUUUUGUGCAGGUUUCCUUGUGUUUUCUUGUGUAGUUAGUCACUUACCAUUACUUUGUUCUUCAAGGCAGGAAAGAGAGAUGGUCUGAGUAGACUUCAAUGUAAAGGUGGACAGGGUAGGAAGGAAGGAAAGUUCUCCGUGAUGUGAUGACACUAUUGAUAUCAGUAUUUAUAUGUUCUGUAGAAGAAGCUGCUUUAUCUGAAUGAUUAUACGGCAAAUUAAUAAAUUAAUAAUAAAAUAUAAUGGAAUUCUAUCACAAUACUGUGUGGG